AUUUGCAUUUAAAAACAAGUCUGCUUGCCAUCCGAUCUUAAUCACGAACUAUCUUCAUUAGAAUAACUUGGUCGCAAUGUCUGUCGUCGGUGUCGACUUCGGUACUCUGCACAGCAAGAUCGGCGUAGCAAGAAAUCGAGGUAUCGAUAUCAUUGUAAACGAGGUUUCCAAUCGUGCAACACCAUCUCUCGUGGCAUUUGGCCCCAAACAACGCUCUAUCGGCGAAUCUGCAAAAACUCAAGAGACCUCAAAUUUCAAGAAUACCAUAGGUAGCCUCAAGCGCCUCAUCGGUAGAACACUACAGGAUCAAGAUGUCGAAGUAGAGAAGAAAUUCCUCAAUGCAGCCCUUGUUGAUGUUGAAGGAACAAUCGGCGUAGAGCUUGUUGCAAUGUAUUUCGGCAAGCUGCGUGAUAUCACCGCAAAUGAGCUCAAGACCGCAGUCUCUGAUCUCGUUAUUGCUGUCCCAGGAUGGUAUACCGAUAUUCAGCGACGAGCAGUGCUUGAUGCAGCACAAAUUGCUGGUCUCAAUGCUCUGCGUCUCAUCAAUGACGCGACUGCUGUCGCACUCGGUUACGGUAUCACAAAACUCGAUCUCCCCGAGCCAGAAAACCCACGACACGUCAUGUUCGUGGAUGUUGGCCAUUCCUCCAUGUCCGUCUCAGUCGUCGCUUUCUCCAAAGGUCAAUUGUCCGUCAAAGCAGCUGCGUACGAUCGCCACCUAGGUGGUCGUGAUAUCGAUUACGCUCUCAUCCAAUACUUUGCUGCUGAGUUUAACGCCAAAUACCAUAUCGACGUCCUUUCCAACCCUAAAGCAACCUUCCGUCUCCUCAGCGGCUGUGAGAAACUGAAAAAGAUCCUUUCAGCUAACAAUGAGGCCCCCUUGAACGUCGAAUCACUCAUGAACGACAUUGACGCCUCAUCCAAGCUUAACCGUGAAACUUACGAAGAGCUCAUCUCAGGCGUUCUAGACCGCAUCGCCGUGCCCCUCCAACAAGCCCUCGCUGAAUCACAACUUACCAUCGAUGAUAUCGACACCGUCGAGCUCGUCGGUGGCACCACCCGUAUUCCUGCAGUCCGCGCCCGCAUCCAAGCAGCCCUCGGAGGCAAAGUCCUCUCAACCACCCUCAACCAAGACGAAGCCAUCGCUCGCGGCGCCACCUUCGCAGCUGCCUUCCAAUCUCCUACCUUCCGCGUGCGCGAGUUCCACGUGCACGAUAUCAACCAGUACCCGAUCAAGGUGUCCUGGGAGCGCUCUGCCUCAGAUCCAGACGAUGACACUGAGCUUGUCAUCCUUACAUUCUACCGCAAGGAGCCGUUUGAGAUCGAUGCCGAGUACGUAGAGCCUGCUACUCUACCAGGAGGAAUCAAUCCGUCAAUUGCACGGUUCACGGCACAAGCUGUUCCGCCUGCCCCGAACGGCGACCUUACGUGCGUGAAAUUGAAGACGCGGCUGAAUUUGCAUGGGAUCAUGUCUUUUGAGAAUGCGUACACGGAAGAGGUGGAGGAGCGCGAGGAGACUAUGGAAGUUGAUGGGGAGGCACCAAAGAAGAAGCGAGUUGUGAAGAAGGAGAUUCCGUUCUCUACUCGUACUUCGUCGCUCGACCCGAGCUUCGUUGAGAAGCUGAAAGAGCUGGAGGCAGGGAUGCAUACUGCUGAUAAGCUUGUCAUGGACACUGAGGACCGCAAGAACGCGCUGGAGGAAUAUGUCUACGACAUGCGCGCCAAGCUCGAUGAGCGCUACUCAUCCUUCGCACAGGCUGCAGAAAAAGAGAAGCUGAACGGUAUGUUCCAAGAAGCCGAAGACUGGCUGUACUCCGACGAAGGCGAAGACGCCACCAAAUCUGCGUACGUCGCCAAACUCGACGCCCUCAAAGCAGUCGGCGACGCCAUCGUCGCGCGUUACCGCGAAGCCGAAGAGCGGCCCAAAGCCAUGGCCCAGCUCCGCGCAACCGUCAACGACUACAUCUCCCAAGCCACCUCCCCUGAUGAGAAAUUCGCGCACAUCGCCGACAGCGAAAAACAGAAAGUCGUCGAAAAAUGUGCGACAGUCCAAAAGUGGCUCGAUGACCAGAAUGCACGGCAAGCCGAGAAGCCGAAGAAUGUGGAUCCUGUGUUAACGAGCGUGGAGAUUGGGAAGAAGAGGGAGGAUGUGAUUUAUUUCGCGAUUCCGAUUUUGACGAAGCCGAAGCCGAAGCCUGUGAAGGCGGAGGGGACGUCUGGAACGCAGACACCGCAGAGUGGGACGCAGACGCCUGAUGCGGGGACGCAAGGGCCGCCGAAGGGGGAGCAGGGUCCGCCGAAGGCAGAGGGGGAGGCUCCUGGGCCGCCGGAGAUGGAUGUUGAUUAGACUUCUAGCUGACCUCUGAGUCUGAGUAACUUGCGUUUCGUAAAAUUAGCCAUAAUUUUGGGUUCGUUUUGAUUAGACCGUGAUGAUGCAUAUGAAGCGUAGAGCAUAUACAGUACCGCAAUAUAGUGUACCACUAUCGUUGAACGUCUAUUUUCUGGCUCUUUGUCGUUGUUCACUUCAUCGUUCAUUUCCU